ACCACCGAACAUAUUCUUCUGCAUAUUCAUAAAGUCAACUUCCUUAUCAAAUAAAAGUAGAUAAAAAAUAUGUACAGAAUUUUAGCUUCCCGAAUUAAAACCUGAUGACAAACUGGCGAACCAUAUAGUGAGCUCCUGCCAACCACAUCCAAAAGCUAUUGAGGUCCCUAGGUUACACCAUAAUGUAAGUCGCCUGAUUCCUGCUAUCUAGUGUACAAAAGAUGAAGGAAAAGAGAGAAUUCAGAUCAAGAAAAUUAGUUGGACGUGUGAGUAUUAAUGACAUUGCAAAGAAAAAGGUACUAGCACCUGUGAAUGUAACUAUUAAGAGUUCAAAAGAAUUGGUUAGAUGAUGGCUGUGCAAGCUCCCAUUAGCUUUUGCAGUGUAGUAAUUUUGACUGUCCAAACUGCAGAAUUAUGAGGUUCAUGUAUUGCAGGAAGCAUACUAGGCGAUGACUUGCUCAUAGUAAUGCAUCGCCAUGAUGGCCAAUGCAACUAGAUUCUUUACACCAUAAAAGGAGCCUAAUAGUGAUAACUAAGUAUAUAACUGAUAUCUAUCAAUACAGGUUCUUUAUCAGUGGCAUUCAGAACCUUAAAGAGGAUUCCAGAUCUUACGAGGAAUAGCAGGAAUGGAAGAGAAAUUCGCUUUAGAAGAGAUUCCAAGUGAAUUUUGCACUACUUUUUAGUUAGCCAGGAGAGUCCCUAUGCAAAUUAUGAUUUCCCAAUUGACAGGGUGAAACCACUGGUUUUAGAAAAAAGCACCAAGUCUGGACUUAAACUAUAAUGGUAGGCUCUGAGUAAGAUGGUAUUCCUCAUAUUUGAAUCAUGAUCUCCCAUCAGCAUGUUACCAUUAAAAGAGGUCUCCCAAGGCCAGAAAAUUAUGUCCAUUUCAUGUUUCUAGAGUAACUGCAAUUAUGUCUAGUGGAGUUUUAUUAGAAGAAUACACAUGCUAUUUGUCGUAGUACAUCUUUUAGAGCAUAAAUACAGUCAAAAUUUCUGGACGGUCGAUUUUGUAGAGCCAAUUACAAAGCAGCCCUUUUCUAAACCAACAUGAGAUUGAAAUGCUUAAAUAGUACAUUACUACACACUCAAUCUGGAACUUGGACCUAACAACAGCACUUUUAAUUGGCUCUCCAAGUUCAGAGGAGGGCAUGGACUAAAUCAUCACCAAACAAGUGGCACUUGUGGGACGAAGUUAUAGACUUGUUCAGUUAGGCUCAUUACCCGAUUGUAACGUUUCCAAAGCCCUUUUUGUCGGCUAUAUAAGUUGAGAUUAUUGAACUACUCUAACUCAGGUGUAGAUCAAUAUAGUGAAUAAAAGAGGAAGGGCUGCAAGCUAAAAUUUACUGCUAGAAUUGAUCUUUGAUUGAUUGAAAAAGCGGAGCAGCAGAAGUUGCAAAAAUGCCCAUCUACAGAAUUGCAAUCGGGACACCAGGAGAGGCAAGCCAUCCAGAUGCACUUAAAGCAGCAGCUGCUGAGUUCUUCUCCACGCUCAUUUUCGUUUUUGCUGGCGAAGGCUCUGGCAUGGCCUUGAAUAAACUCACGAAUAACGGACCACAAACAGCAUCGGGGCUAAUAGCUGCAGCAAUAUCGCAUGCAUAUGCACUUUUCGUGGCUGUUUCGAUUGGUGCAAACAUCUCCGGAGGCCAUGUCAACCCUGCUGUCACCUUUGGUGCCUUAAUUGGGGGUAACAUAACACUGCUCAGAAGCAUCUCGUAUUGGAUAGCACAGUUACUGGGAUCCACUGUUGCCUGCUUGCUUCUCAAACUCGCUACCGGCGGAUUAGAAACACCUGCAUUCACGUUAUCAUCUGGCGUAUCAGUGGGGAAUGCAUUGGUACUGGAGGCUGUGAUGACUUUCGGCCUAGUCUACACGGUUUAUGCUACUGCAGUUGAUCCCAAGAAGGGAAAUAUAGGUGUGGUUGCACCCCUUGCAAUUGGGUUCAUCGUGGGAGCUAAUAUCUUGGUUGGUGGCGCUUUUGAUGGAGCUUCCAUGAAUCCUGCAGUCUCCUUCGGACCAGCUGUGGUGAGUGGCGUAUGGACUCACCAGUGGGUGUACUGGGCAGGCCCUAUGCUUGGUGCUGCCAUUGCAGCCCUUGUCUAUGAUAACAUCUUCAUGGGUGACAGCACCCAUGAAAGAUUGCCUGUCACAGAUCAUUAGGCCAAGACUAUAUAUCCUUCUGAGUUUUGGUAUUGGCAAUUUUGAUUUCUCAAUUUUGUCAUUAAUUCAGGGGAGGGAGUAAAAUAAAUUAAAGAAAGAUGAGAAGGUUAAGCAUCAAAUGUAGAGAGGUUGCUUUAUUUGGUUUUUCUUGUAUCUUAGCAAUUAAGCAUGGUAGUAUACUUUUCCGCUACGUGCAUGAUAUUUGUGACGAGUUCCCCAGACAGGACUU